CAUUUUCUCGUGCAAAGAUUCUUUUUACCCAUUUCGACGGUGGUCUAUAUAAAAGCCAUGCCGAUGCGGCGAUGCCGAGGCCAGGGAAAAGCAUCAAUCCCAUUCCUCUGCUCCUCUGCUAGUAGCCGCCAAAUCGACAAGGAGGAGCCGAGGCCACACGACCUCCAAGUCUCAGAUUCCACGCCCUACGAAUCAUCGCAAUGACGAAGAAGCAGCGGAGCGAGGCGGGGGCGAAGCGACGGCGAGACCGCCACCACCAUCACCGCCGGCAGCUCCGGGACGAGCGCUGUGUUUCCUGCACCACGUUUAACAUCCUCGCGCCGAUCUACAAGCGCAUGGACAACGAGAAUUGCAGGGAGAGCCAGUACAGGGCCUACUGGUUCAGCCGCAACGAGAAGAUCAUUGACCGCCUUCUCGCUGAUCACUCCUCCAUCAUCUGCCUCCAGGAGGUUUGGUUGGGGAACGACGAACUGGUCGACAUGUACCAGAAGCGUCUGGGGGAUGCCAAUUAUAUGCUCUUCAAGCUUGCGCGCACUAACAAUCGUGGAGACGGUCUUCUUACUGCUGUACAUAGCAACUACUUCAAUGUUUUGGAUUAUAGGGAACUGCUCUUCAAUGACAUCGGUGAUCGAGUAGCUCAGCUGUUGCAUGUGGAAUCAGCAAUGCCAUUCUUGCAAAAUCGAAGCACCAGCUGUGUCCACCAGCAGAGCCUCAUUGUCAACACACAUUUGUUGUUCCCUCACGAUCACAGCCUUUCAAUAGUUCGCUUGAGACAGGUAUAUAAAAUCCUUCAGUAUAUUGAGGCUUACCAGGAAGAGCAUAAACUUGGUCCAAUGCCAAUCAUACUUUGUGGGGAUUGGAAUGGAAGUAAACGUGGCCAAGUUUACAAGUUCCUUCGCUCACAAGGGUUUGUUUCAUCAUAUGACACUGCUCAUCAAUACAGUGAUAGCGAAGAAGAUGCGCAUAAGUGGGUCAGUCACCGAAACCAUCGAGGGAAUAUCUGUGGAGUUGAUUUCAUAUGGCUUUUGAAUCCUGAUAAGUGCAGGAAGCCCCUGAAGACCAGCUGGAACGAAGCUGUUUUUGGUAUCAUCAAGUACCUGCUCCAAGUUGCAUUCCUUUCUGCGGAGAAUGCAUUUGCACUCCUGAAGGCAGACAGCCUUUAUGAUCACAUCACGUAUUCAAGUUUCUACCAGGCACUGUGUCAGUUAGGAAUGGUCCAUCCUGAUCGACUAAAUUCAGAAGAAGUUGAAAAGCUAUGGAGUGAAGCUGACCGUGAUGGCGAUGGUGUUAUUGACUACAAAGAAUUUCAGCAGUGCAUCUGGAGCCCAAACUGCUGUAGUCAAGAGGAGGAUGAUACUGAAAUCGACAUCACUGGUGAAAGUCUGGAGGCUUUUGAGACAAACAACGAAGCCUUUGGCUUCACCGUGAAGGAAGCUGUUCUCUUUCCCCCAGAAGUAGAGAAGGGCAUGUGGCCAGAAAACUACAGUCUCUCGGAUCAUGCCCCCCUCACUGUGGUAUUCUCCCCUACUAGAAUGCCUUGCUCUCCACGCAUCCCUGGGGAACUCUAGCUAUCUAAUGUCAAUGGUCUCAUGCAUACAUACAUGCCCCCACAAAAGCCUUGUUAGAUUUGCUGGGGAUUGCAGAGAUUAAAGCGGAUACCCUUUGAUCUAAUGUCAAUGAUCUCACGCAUCCCUAACAAGUCAAAAUCUCCCUCGAUACCCUUUGAUCCCCUCCUUCCGCCUCUAGAGGGGAUUAACCAAACAUGGCCUAACUGGUAUUCUCCCCCAGUUAAGCCUUGCUCUCCAUGCACUCCUGGAUGUCUUUAGCCAUCAAUGAUCACAUGCAUACACAAGUUCUGUACAGCCGUAGAUAUCUUGUGGUACAACGAUACAAACUUUUUGGGUUUAGGUAUUCAAAGUACUAACUACAGGCGAGUGAAUAACCUUUUGGGUUCAUGCCUUUUGUUGCUACUAGCCAAUUCGUUGAAGGGCAUGCUUCUUCUGCCUUCUUAAAUAUAUGUAUCUAAAGCUUUCUUCAUUUGUAAAUAUAACUUUUUAACUUGCUAGGCAAAUCUUAGAACAAGCUUGAAACAUAAAUAUUUGGCUUUGUUGAGUAAUAUCUAUCCAUUGUAUAUUUGUGAAAUACAUUGUUUGGACGGAAAAAUAUAAUAUUACUCUGCUACGAUGAAAAUAAA